AUGAUAGAUUACAAGAAAAGAAAAGAUGCAAGACGCCCUAAAGUAUUAGACAAGUAUGAAAUUAUUGGUUUCAUCAGCUCUGGUACUUAUGGUCGAGUGUACAAGGCAAGAUCAAGAAACAAAGACGAUCCUCGAGAAUUUGCCAUCAAGAAAUUUAAACCGGAUAGAGAAGGAGAUACUCAUCAUUACGUCGGAAUAUCUCAGUCAGCAUGUCGAGAAAUUGCUUUGUGUCGAGAACUAAGGCAUGAGAAUGUUGUGGCAUUAGAAGAAGUGUUAUUAGAAGAUAAAGCGAUAUUUAUGGUCUUUGAAUAUGCAGAACAUGACUUUUUGCAAAUUAUUCAUCAUCACUUGCAUGCACAAAAGAAACCUAUUCCUGAAAUAGUCGUCAAAUCGCUUCUAUGGCAGCUUAUUAACGGUGUAGCCUAUCUUCAUGCAAAUUGGGUGCUCCAUAGAGAUCUAAAGCCUGCCAACGUCCUGUUGACAAGCGAUGGUGUCGUCAAGACGGCUGAUUUGGGUCUGGCAAGGUUAUUUAAUAAACCCUUAGCGCCUCUUUUUAAUGGCGAUAAGGUUGUGGUGACAAUAUGGUAUCGUGCACCAGAAUUGCUGUUUGGAGCAAGACAUUAUACAAAAGCAGUGGAUAUGUGGGCAGUAGGAUGUAUCUUUGGUGAAUUGCUUGCUUUGAAGCCGAUAUUCAAAGGAGAAGAAGCCAAGAUUGACAAUAAAAAGAGUGUACCGUUUCAACGAAGUCAACUAACUAAAAUAAUUGAAGUCAUGGGAACACCAACAAAGGAAAGAUGGCCAUCAAUAGAUCAAUUGCCGGAUUAUCCACAUUUGGCAUCAUUUCCUCAAUGUCCUAAUAACCUGAAGCAAGUAUACCAAAUGAUGGUGUGUCCUAAAAGUGAAUCAGCUUUCAACUUAUUAUCUGCGUUACUAGAAUAUGAUCCAGCCAAACGAAUCACUGCAGAAAAGGCGUUAAAUCACCCUUAUUUUCAAGAAGAUCCAAAGCCAAUCAUGAAUGUCCUGGCUCAUCAAAAUAUAGAAUAUCCUCUACGCCGAAUCACACACGAAGAUAAUGACAUCAAGUCUGCCAAAGCACCUGCCAAGGAGGAUCUUCAUGCGUCAAGACAAAUGAAGAAGCCAAGAUUGGCUUAA